CUAAAGGUCUCCGGGGAGUAUCAAACUACCACGUCUGCAGCGGGGAGAGAGAAGGGAAGAGGAGAGGGGAUCAAAAUAAGCCGACUGGAGGAUAGGACAGAGAGAGGACAGCGAGGAGUUAAGACUGCUUCAUGAAAACAAAGUCGGCUGCAACAUCUGGAGCAAAGCGCGAGCCGAAUUUGGACAUUAAGUACGCACAGCCUGCAGCUCCAGAGCCCCCCUCUCUGACUUCCUGCUUCCAGCAACGUCCGAUAACUUAAAAUUAAAAUUCACCAAAGCGCGAGAAGAAUGCACAGACCGGACAAAUACCUAUCGUGGUUUAAGUAACAAGUAAUAAGCUGCAGAGACUCACUGCUGCACAUCUGCGGGAAAACUUUUUGCGCUUUGCGCCAAGUCGGUCUCGGUUGCGCCAAGGACUUUCGUUUAUGGGAUAAGUUUUCACAGAUAAUGUUUUGACAAAUAGCGAGGGGAAGACUGCGAGAAGUGUAACGAGGAGAUCUGCCCGUUUUUUUUUUUUUUUUUUUUUACUGUUUUUUGGAGAGUCAAGUGAUGGCACUGGAGCUGAAAUCGCUUGUCCUACUGCUGCUGCUGGCGGUGGUGUGGGAGCUGAGCGCACAGGGAGAGACAGAGCGACAAGUCAAUCCAGAGUCAUGGCUGCAGCAGUAUGGUUACCUGCCCCCGGGGGACCUGAGGACCCACGCCCUCCGCUCCCCUCACUCCGUCUCCUCAGCCGUCGCUGCCAUGCAGAGGUUCUACGGCCUCACCGUCACCGGCACCUUCGAUGACAAGACCGUCGAGGCCAUGAGGCGGCCGCGCUGCGGAGUGCCAGACAAGUUUGGUGCUGAGCUGAAGAGCAACCUGAGGAGGAAGCGAUACGCCAUCCAGGGCCUGAAGUGGAACAAGAAUGAAGUCACUUUCUCUAUACAGAACUACACCCCAAAGGUGGGUGAGUACGAGACCCAUGAGGCCAUCAGGAGGGCCUUCAAGGUGUGGGAGAGCAUCACCCCUCUCCAUUUCCGGGAAAUCCCCUACAGUUACAUACGGGACAAGGUAGAGGAGUUUGCCGACAUCAUGAUCUUCUUUGCUGAGGGUUUCCACGGCGACAGCAGCCCGUUCGACGGAGAGGGAGGCUUCCUGGCACACGCCUACUUCCCCGGCAAUGGCAUCGGUGGAGACACCCACUUUGACGCCGCUGAGCCGUGGACGAUUGGAAACCGGGAUCUGUCAGGAAAUGAUGUAUUCCUGGUUGCGGUGCAUGAACUGGGCCACGCUCUGGGUCUGGAGCACUCCAAUGACCCUUCAGCCAUCAUGGCUCCUUUCUACCAGUGGAUGGACACCGAAAACUUCGUACUACCUGACGACGACCGCCGAGGCAUUCAGCAACUUUAUGGGUCUGGAUCAGGCCCUCAGCCGCCUCCUGUAACACCCCGUUCGCCUUACAACCCGGAGCCCACAUAUUCGCCGGACAAGCCGCGCUUUGGCCCCAACAUCUGCGACGGACACUUCGACACCAUAGCCAUCCUUAGAGGAGAAAUGUUUGUGUUCAAGGAUAAGUGGUUCUGGCGAGUGCGUAACAACCACGUGCUGGAUGGAUACCCCAUGCCGAUUGGUCACUUCUGGAGGGGAUUACCCACUCAUAUUAAUACUGCUUUUGAAAGGGAGGAUGGGAAAUUUGUUUUCUUUAAAGGGGACAGGUACUGGGUGUUCAGCGAAUCUAUUCUGGAUUCUGGUUACCCCAAGAGUCUGAAGGACAUGGGCGCUGGACUUCCCAGAGAUCGAAUAGACUCUGCUCUCUACUACACACCAACUGGACAAACAUUCUUCUUCAGAGCAAACAAGUAUUACCGUUUCAACGAAGAUUCACGAUCUGUUGACGAUGGCUAUCCGAAAUCUGUCAGUGUGUGGCAGGGAGUGCCUGACAACAUCAGGGCAGCCUUCAUGAGCAAAGAUCAAGCGUACACCUACUUCUACAAAGCCAACAAGUACUGGAAGUUCAACAACCAGAUGAUGCGCGUGGAGCCUGGAUACCCCAAAUCAGCCCUUCGCGACUGGAUGGGCUGCCCCAACGAAGACCCCAAGACCGAUGGAGGAAGAGGCGGAGGCGGACACGACAAGGACAAGGAGAGGGAGAAAGACAAGGAGCGGGAGGAUAAGGACAGAGCUAGAGAUAGAGAGAGGGACAGAGAGAGGGAGAGAGAGAGAGAGAGGGAGAGGGAGAGGGAAAGGGAGAGAGAGACGGAGACGGACAAGGAUAAGGAUACGGAGGUGAUCAUUAUUGAAGUGGAUGAGGAAGGAGGGGCAAGCGGUGGAGCCGGGGCAGCGGCGGUGGUGGUGCCGCUGUUCCUCUUAGUGUGUGUGAUUGCAACGCUGGCAGCCUUGGUGUUUUUCCGUCGGUACGGUACCCCACGCCGACUCCUCUACUGCCAACGAUCUUUACUGGACAAGGUGUAGACGGAGGAGGAGGAGGAGGAGGAGGAGGGAAGGGAGGGGGGAGGGGAGUGAAAGCCAGGGAGAGAAAAAGAGAAAAAAGAAAAAAAAUUGGAAGGAAAUGUUAAACACAGAUAACAGAGCAGGAGAGAAAGAGGUGAAACAGGAGAAAGAGCAGAAGGAAAAAGCGCCAGACUUGCAUUUUAAAAUAUUUUUACCACUGCCAGAUUCCUUUUGCUCUAUCUCUCAACCACUCCAUCCUUCCAUGUUUUACUUAUUUUUUUUCUCUCCCUUCUCUCUCUGCCUCUCUCCUCGUGGUAACUGACGCCAGCUCAUUGCUGUUUGGUUUAGCCUUUUUCAAUGUCUUAUUUUUAGUUUUUGUCAGUGGUCAGUGUUUGUGUCCCUUGUGAAUUUCCGCUUCAAACCUGCAUCAUCAAGACGCCCAUUCUAGCAUGUUCCUUCGCGUAAGCAAAACAGUGUGUUUGAUUUGUUUCGUUCUUCCCCCUCGUAAACUUGCACGCAAUCCCAUAAACACACACAUUUUGAAGCCACAGUGGUACAGUCAUUGUGUUUCUUAAUCUUCCAGUAAAGCAACAUGUCAGAGCCAGUAUGGACCAUAAAAGGGAAACAAAACAUUAUUCCUUAUGAAGCAUGAGAUGCGCUCGUAUCAGAGUCAAGCAAUAAAUCCAACUGUGUCUUUUCCUUUUUUAUAUCAAUGUCUAGUGCUGAUUAUUAUUAUAAAUGAUGUUGUCAUUAUUAUUAUGACUAUUACUAUUAUUGUUGUUGUCCUCUGUGUAAAGAAUGUGUUUUGUACAUUGUCAUUAAAAAGUCCUGCUGGACAGUGACAUACAGUUUUGAAAGUGGCCUUAAUUUUAUAUAUGUGGGGACAGUGAAUGGGGAAGGGGGUUAUGUAUUCUUGAAACUUGAUUGUUUUUUUUUACCUUGAAUCCAUCUCAAAUGAAAAUAAAUUGACGAUCUGAAAAUGA